AUGCAUUUCAUUUUCCGUUUAUUGUUAUUCGUUUUUGCCCUUACGAUAGUGGCUCAUUGUCAAGGUGGAGGAGGACGCGGAGGUAGUCGAAGUAGCCGAAGCGGAACAAGUCGUUCACAUCGUGGAGCAAGUACGUGUACAGAUGAUAAAUGUCGCCGUCAAAACAUGAUUAAAGAUUAUAUCAGUAUGGGCGGCAUUUUCUUUAUAAUAGCCGUAGCUUUUUACUUAAAAUGGUCCAACGGUAGACCGGCACAAUCCAUCGUGACUUAUGUUAAUUCAUCGGCAGCUCUAGUUGAUGAGCAACAUUUGAAUCAGUUUGAGUCGGGCAUAUGGUCAAGUCGAUAUUAUCAGUAUAAUAAAUGGCAUGGACCUUAUCUAAUUUCGCUCUCAUUCAAUUCUGAAGCAUUUACCGUGGGAGGCUCUGGGUUGGAUGAUAUUGGCGCGUACACCAUUGAAGGUCUCUACUCAGGAAAAACCAAUCGAAUCGGACUGACGAAGACAUACCAAAAGGGAACAGGUGAUCCAACACAGAAUCUUGGACAUGAUGCUACAAUUCAGCUUAGCUGGAACACGAGUCAGAGUCUAUUCGAAGGAAAAUGCGUGACAGUUCGAAUUUAUGCUGAAAUGUGUCAUGGAAUGGCUCAAUAUGGUCGAUGCUCAACAAAUAGUCAAUGUGGAUGUUUGCAUAGAUUAACUACGAAUCAUAGUGGCAUUUGCGGUUUAAUAGGGUUAACUUGUUCUCAGUUGGUUUCGUGUGCCGCAUCAAAUAAUAUUUGCUAUCAACCUAAUCAUAUAUGUGUUCAUCAUCCUCGAUGCAACACUCGUCCACUUUGUUAUCCAUUGUCGAUGACAGAUGAACGGCUGUGCCCUGCUAGACCGAGGCCCGGUGAUGGUAUUUGUGAACAUGCGACGUGGUCUCGAAUGGGCAUUACAGUAGCUGGUGGCAACGGCGUAGGAGAUGGACUCAAUCAAUUGGAUCAACCUUUCGGAAUUUUCGUUAAUGAAAAUCAAACUGUGUAUGUUGCCGAUUUCGCCAACCAUCGUAUUGUCAAAUGGGAUCGUAAUGCAUCUACUGGCCAAUUAGUUGCUGGUGGAAAUGGACAAGGAGGCCAUAGUAAUCAAUUGUAUUACCCAUCCGAUGUUACUGUUGAGCAGGACGGAACCAUGUACAUAAGUGACGGUUAUAAUUUUCGUGUUCAAAAAUGGGCCCGAGAUGCCCAAAGUGGAGAAACAGUGAUAGGAAAAAUAUCCGUUCAUGACAUAGCACAAGAUGAUCAAGGAACACUCUAUGUGUCUAUUCCAGAACGAGGCGAAAUAUCAAGAUGGCUUCCUAAUGCAAUCGUUGGAGAAGUGAUGAUUUUAAAUUUUAGUCGCCCUCUCGACUUAGUCGUAGAUCGGAAUCGAUUAGUCUAUGUGGCUGACAAUGCCAAUCAGCGAAUUCUAAAAGUAAAUUUUGAAAAAAGAGAAGUAUCAGUUGUUGCUGGUGGAUCUCAUGGAAAUGGCACAGAUCAGUUAUCAUCGCCGAAUGGUGUUGCGGUCGAUCAGUUGGGUACUGUUUACGUGGCUGAUACUGAUAAUCGACGUGUAGUACGUUGGCCACGUGGAGCUACAUCUGGUAGUAUCAUUGCCGGUGGUCGUGGUCCAGGCUCGGAACCAGAUCAAUUUGAUGAUCCUACUGAUUUAUCAUUUGAUCUUGAAGGAAAUCUUUAUGUAGUCGAUCCUAGUAAUCAUCGUGUACAAAGAUUUGCGAUUGAUAAGAGCCUAUGUUGA